CCCCUCACCACCACCAUGGAGCGUGCCCAGCCCGACGGGCCGCUCAACGCGUCGGGGGCACUGGCUGGAGAGGCGGCGGCAGCGGCAGCGGCGGCAGCGGCUGCAGCGGGCGGGGCGCGCGGCUUCUCGGCCGCCUGGACCGCCGUGCUGGCCGCGCUCAUGGCGCUGCUCAUCGUGGCCACCGUGCUGGGCAACGCGCUGGUCAUGCUCGCCUUCGUGGCCGACUCGAGCCUCCGCACGCAGAACAACUUCUUUCUGCUCAACCUGGCCAUCUCCGACUUCCUCGUGGGGGCCUUCUGCAUUCCGCUCUAUGUGCCCUACGUGCUGACCGGCCGCUGGCCCUUUAGCCGCGUCCUCUGCAAACUCUGGCUGGUGGUGGACUACCUGCUCUGCACCUCCUCCGUCUUCAACAUCGUGCUCAUCAGUUACGACCGUUUCCUCUCCGUCACCCGAGCAGUGUCCUACCGUGCCCAGCAGGGCGACACGCGGCGAGCCGUGCAGAAGAUGCUGCUGGUGUGGGUGCUGGCCUUCCUGCUGUACGGCCCGGCCAUCCUCAGCUGGGAGCACCUGUCCGGCCGCAGCUCCAUCCCCGACGGCCACUGCUACGCCGAGUUCUUCUACAACUGGUACUUCCUCAUCACGGCCUCCACGCUCGAGUUCUUCACGCCCUUCCUCAGCGUCACUUUCUUUAACCUCAGCAUCUACCUGAACAUCCAGCGGCGUACUCGGGUGCGUCUGGACGGCGGCAGCCGCGAGCCAGGAGGCCCCGAGCCGCCACCGGAGGCCCAGGCAUCCACGCCACCACCACCUCCAGCCGUGCCAGGCUGCUGGGGUUGCUGGGGCUGCUGGCCACGGGGGCAUGGGGAGACGGUGCCACUGCACAAGUACGGUCUGGGGGUGGGCGAGGGGGGCCCGGGCCCCGACUCCGCUGCUGUGGGGGAGGCAGCCCUGGGGGGUGGCAGCGCCGCCGUGGCCUCACCCACCUCCAGCUCCGGUAGCUCCUCACGGGGUGCAGAGCGGCCUCGCUCCCUCAAACGGGGCUCCAAGCCCUCGGCCUCCUCGGCGUCUCUGGAGAAACGCAUGAAGAUGGUGUCUCAAAGCAUCACCCAGCGUUUCCGGCUGUCUCGGGACAAGAAGGUGGCCAAGUCGCUGGCUGUCAUCGUGAGCAUCUUCGGGCUCUGCUGGGCGCCCUACACGCUCCUCAUGAUCAUCCGCGCGGCCUGCCAUGGCCGCUGCGUGCCCGACUACUGGUACGAGGCCUCCUUCUGGCUGCUCUGGGCCAACUCGGCCGUCAACCCCGUGCUCUACCCUCUGUGCCACCACAGCUUCCGCCGCGCCUUCACCAAGUUGCUCUGUCCCCACAAGCUCAAAGUACAGCCACACAGCUCCUUGGAGCACUGCUGGAAGUGAGCCCGGCCAGCCGACCUGUCCAGGUACCUGGUGGCUGACGCAAAAAGGCCACUCACUCCUCCAGUCCUCGCUCCAGCCCGAGAGAGAUGGUCCAGGGGAACGUCCUCUCCGUCCCCCAGUGCCAUGACCAGGGGUGUCUUCCCACGGUCACUACACAGGGUUUGCCCAAAGCCAGCGCUUGGCGUGUUGUCCCCUGGCAUCUCUGCACCCUGGCAUCCCCCGACACCCGGCCUGCGGCUUUGCUGCACCUGUCCCCAGCUUCGACCCCAGGACCUAGCGCCUUCCUCCACGCGCCGCCCGAAUUCUCUAGGCCGCACCCCAAGCCAUGCUGUGCCCUCCCAGCCACUGCUCUGCUGUUCCAUUCUGGGUGUCUUCGGGAAGACGGAGAGAAAACAGCCGUGAACUUGAUGUUCCCUGGAUGUUUAAUCAAGAGACAAAAUUGCUGCGGAACUCGUGCUAGAUUGGCAGGUGCGGGGCUCCCACGCCCUCCUUCCUCACGGCACUUCCGGCAGAGCUGCUCCAGCUACGCUGCCCACCCCCACCCCAGGGCCCGGUGGGCACUGCGCCCCAAAGCUUGGGCCCUCCACCC